AGUAUAUUGUAAUAAUCGUAAAAAUAUAUACAUUUUUAACCUUCAAUAUCAAUCACUUUUCAAGUGUUGAUCACCAAUAAUGUUGACUUCAGCGCCGAUAACUCAUGUGAUCUUUGAUAUGGACGGCACACUCGUCGACUCCGAGUCACUACUCUAUACAGCUUUGGACGUCGUGUGCGACAAGUUUGACAAACCGGUCCGAUUUGAUAUCAAAGAGAAACUAUUAGGCCAUCCAUUCAAAGAGCGUAUUCAACAGCUUUAUAAAGACUUGAAUUUCAAGUCAUCGGAACUGACAAUCGGACAGUUUAUCAAUGAAUUAAUUAUGAAUUGUAUGGCAAUUGUCGAAGAGUCGGGUAUGAAACUAAUGCCCGGUGCCCGACGGCUUGUCGAAUAUUUUAAGUCCAAUAACAUUCCGAUGGCCAUAGCGUCGGGCAAUGAUCGGCACUCAUACGACGGUACAGCAGGUCGUUUCGGUGACUUUUUCGACAGUUUCAAUCACGCCGUACUGGCCGGCGAUAAGAGCCAACAGAUUUUACCAAAACCCGAUCCCGAUGUCUAUUUGCGAGCUUAUCAGCAAUUUCAACCAUUACCAGAAUCGGCAGCCAAUGUGCUGGUAUUUGAGGACAAUGAGGUUGGCUGUAGAGCGGCCAUCGGUGCCGGUAUGUCAUGUGUUUUGGUAAUAGACGAACGCCUCAACUCAACAACUGAAUCGUCUUUAGCAACGCUUGUAAUCAAAUCGUUGGCUGAUUUUAGACCCGAAAUGUUUGGUUUACAGGAAAUAUAAAUUGUCUAAAAAAAUACCAAAAAAAACAAACAUUUAAUUUUGUAAUAAAGUUUUGAUCUAUAAAAUAAUAAUAAUAAUGACUAUAAUAAAAAAUAAAUUUAAUCUAGGUAAAUGAUACUAAUUAAUGUA